AUGCGCAUACGGAAGCCGUUUGCUGGCGCUUUCGUAGCCCUGAUCUUCAUCAGCGCCGGCGCCGGGUUUUCCCCGCCCGACUACAAGAUCCCCUCGUACAAGCAAUCCGACAAAGCACUACAUUUUCUCGCCUUCUUCCUUCUCACACUAUGCUUCUACUGGAUACUAGAGACGAGUCGAAGGAAAGUCUUACAGCUCACCUUCACGGUGUGCACGAUUGGUCUGGGAAUUGCUAGUGAAGUUGUGCAAGGCUUGUUGCCUAUUCAUCGUGACUUCGAUUAUUACGACAUCGUAGCCAACGUCCUCGGUUCGCUCCUCGCUCUCGGCCUUUGUAAUUGGUACCACAAGCGCAUGCUCGAGCGAAAGAGAGCUGCACGCGGAUACACAGCCGUUGCCGGAGACGAGGAACGAGACAUUGAGCUGGGUGAGAAUGUGGAGGGGCAGGAGUCCGGUGUGAUCCGAUCCACUGUUGACGAAGAACUUGAAACAUGGGACGAGAAUGCAGAAGACUGGGAUACUACUGAACCGGAGCCCGUGAGUGGGAAGAAGAGUCUUGACGAUGGAGGUGAUUUGGGUGAGGGGAAGAAGCGAAAUGACUGA